AUGCUACGUAGUCAAUUGGCCUUGUUAGGCCUACACAGGAGAUAUUAUUCCAGCAAAUUUGUUUCGGGCGAAAUCGCAGAAAAGUUCAGCUUUACCAGCAAAGCCGUUAGCAUCAAGAGUAUACUGGAAUCAAAGCCUUCAUCCAAGGUUACUUUGAAUGGAUGGAUUGACAAAAAGCCCAGGAAGGUGGGGAAAAGUUUACUUUUUGGUACUCUGCGCGAUACCAAAGGUGAUCAAAUUCAGCUAGUGGAUUCGCAGUCACUCUUGAAGACCGCCAACGUCGAAGAUGUGGUUCAAGUGGAGGGACUUCUGAGUCCUAAAAAGACAAGCAACGGAAACGAGGUACAGGAGUAUGAAAUUCAAUUAUCCCGGUUGAAGACUUUGAAUAAAGCCGGUAAACAGCCGUCUCAGCUGUCAGAUUACAAGCAACAAGGGAAUUAUCCUCCGGAAUUCCGGUAUCUGCAACUUCGUAUGCCAAAAUAUCAAUCAUAUUUGAGAAAACGUCAUGAUAUUGCACAAAUGGUCCGAGAGAGUUUGAACGGUGCCGCUUUCACAGAAAUCGAAACCCCAAUUUUAUUCAAAUCGACACCAGAAGGCGCUAGAGAGUUUUUAGUUCCAACACGGACUGAGAUCAACAGCAAACCCGCUUUUUACGCACUGCCGCAAAGUCCUCAACAAUACAAGCAGCUGCUCAUGGCAAGUGGUGUUGAACGCUACUACCAAAUUGCUCGCUGUUUCCGGGACGAGGACCUGAGAAGUGAUAGGCAACCAGAGUUCACCCAAGUUGAUAUAGAAAUGGCGUUCGCAACGGGUGAGCAAGUAAUGGAACAAGUGGAAGUUACAGUUGCCAACGUUUGGAAUAAGCUUUCUUCUGUAGGGACCUUACGCACCCUAGAUCACAGUGGUAGAAUAGUUCCCGUGACAGAUACUCAGCCCAUUAGCAGAAUGAAGUACAGUACAGCAAUGACACAUUAUGGAAUCGAUAAGCCCGAUCUCAGAUUCCCCAAUCUCAAAAUCCUUGAUCUGAGUGAAUUUAAGGCCUACAGCGUCGAGAAUAACGACUUCCCAAUUUUUGAGGUUUUGGUGCUCCGAAAUGCCUUCGACUCUGCGGACGACUACAUCAAAAACUGGUCCGUUCUCUCCGAUGAACAUCAAUAUAAUUCAAGGGCUCCGAUAGUCGUACCAAUCGAUUCGCAAGAAAUGGAAAGUCAGUGGUUUGAAGAAUUCAUGGCCAUUGCUAAUUUCGAAAACACUACGAUGAUGACACGCUUUUUGAACCUUAAAAAGGGAGACAUUGUUUGCGGUGCGACUAGACAAGCAACACAUUCACUUUUCGAGAACCCCACUCCCUUGGGGCGCCUCAGACAGCUUGUGACUCAAACAGAACGUGGCGCGGCACAAUACAAAGAAUGUAACGAAGCCGUUGCUACUUGGGUCAUCGACUUUCCCCUUUUCGCGCCUGUAGAGAAGGACUUACAGCGGGGAAAUACAAAAGAGCGCUUUCCAGUAUAUUUGGAUGAGCAAUUCACCUCAACUCAUCACCCCUUCACCAUGGUAAAUCUGAAAGACUUAGCCAAACUACAGCAAGAGCCCUUAAAAUGUACCGGGUCGCAUUACGAUUUAGUGAUAAACGGUACAGAAUUGGGCGGAGGCUCCACAAGGAUUCACGAUCCUGAGCUGCAAAAUUAUGUGUUCAAGUCAAUUCUCAAGAUAGAGAACCCAAAAAGGCUAUUCGGCCAUUUGUUGACGGCAUUUGAAAGCGGAACCCCGCCUCAUGCUGGAUUCGCGAUUGGAUUUGACCGAAUGUGUGCGAUGAUGUGUGGAACAAAUAACAUUCGAGAUGUCAUCGCUUUCCCAAAAAGUAUAAGUGGUUCAGACCUAGUUGUUCAAAGUCCGAGCACUGUACCAGAGCAAUCACUAAAAGAAUAUAACUUGUCCUAUUUGACUAAAUAG